UCCCUGACUGGGCUGACUGCUUGCAGCAGUAUUGCAGAAAUCGGUGUCAAGUGAUAUGGGUGCGAACGGUUGAAACGGGGAUUAUUCUGUUUGCUACGGGUCCCGUGUUAUGUUCCGUUUUCGUGUGUCUCGGGAGGACAAUUUUUUUAAUUUUAAUGACGUUGGUGUUUUUCGGUGUUUUGGUUUAGUAAAGUGUUUAUCGUUGCUUAAAGGUUGAGUGAUGUUUUGAUGAUUAUGGAUGGGAUUAAGUGAUGUGUUAAUCUGUCGUAUCAGAAGAUGUUGACAGGAAAUUCCAAUCAAUGAAUCAAUUAGUCCCAGUAGUCAGUGUUCAUUGCUGGUGUCUCUUUCGUGGGAAUGGUUCAGGGUCAUUUGCUUCUCGACGUUGCAGUCGUCAGUGUCAGUGGUAGUGUUUUUGUGUUUUGAUCUGUUACCAAAAUAAGUGCCUUAUCGUCAAGGUUGCGUCCGGAAUUCGUGACGUUGACAACCGUUAAACAACGGCGGGGAAUCUGCAUAUUUAUCCAUUUGGAUUGUUUCAAUUUUAGUAUAUGUCCAAGAAGCUUUAAGCAGCAAAACGCAAAUUCAGAUUGGGAUUUGGGUUGUUAGUGUAUGAGUGUUGGUGGUAAGAAGCAGAGUUGUCCGGAUCAAGUUUAAGUGCAAUCAAGGGGGAAAGAACCGGGACCGGGUGUGUGUAUCCCAGAGAGGUUGCAGCAACGGUACGGCAACAGCCAGCAAGCAAAACAAAGGAGGCCACCGAGCAAAGAAGGCCGUGAGAGACGAACGACAAACAAAACGGGAGAAACUCCAGGGAAAGUAUUUGUAUACGGGAACAGAAACUAACUGUGGGAACCUAGGGAAGUCUCUAAGCAGCAGCAGCUAAGCCGACAGCUUGGCACGGUUCGUUGGUUUCUGGUCAUUUGUGCAGGGCACUAAUACACUGCGAAAUUAAUGUAAUACCGUUCGGGGUUCCGCUGAUCUUGUCCAUUCUCAGCGAGCAAGCAAGCAAAACAGCAGUAAGGAAUGCAAGUCAGCCCAAGUGUCGCACACUCUUCGUCCGAAUAAGUUUAAGUUUUCCUCUACACACACGUAACAGUAACAACUUCAACAACAAGAAUAGAGGGGACAACGCGAAAAGCCGAAGAGCAGGUAAACAUUGACCGGACCGAUAUUGCACGCAACCCAGAAGACACAUGUUCGGAUAGACUGCGGUCCGUGGUUUGUAAUUGUUAUUAUUGAAGUGGAAUAGCAGCAGGAACAGUUUUGCGCAAAUGUACCUACACCUGUUUAACCUGAAGCAGCCUACAACAUCAACAACAAGAGCCAUAAAAGUGUUCUAUUGAUACACAAGCCGUCGUAACAUUCCGGUUGCCACCUCUGCCCUUCGCUGUCCCGAAGAAGGUAAAAAGCGAGGGAGGUGGACAGGACCAGAGACUUCUAUUAUAGCACCGUGCCGUGUCAUUUGUCAUGGAGAAAAGCUUCGAUGAAAUAACAGUCUCCAGUCUGUCGGACCUGCAACUGGGAGGAGGAGGAGAAGGAAGUGCUACAGCAACGGUUGGUUCCUCACCAUCGGCCCUGUCCAUCGGCACGAUUGGUCCACUGCUAGGCCUAGGCCAUCAACAACAUCAUCAGCAUCGGCCCCAACAUCAACAUCAACAACAGCACCAGGUCACGUUACAGUCGUCGCCAUCAGCGGACCUCUUCGAUUCGACCGGCACAGCCAUUGCGCCAUCCGCAUCAUUCCUGAGGGAAACCUCUCAACGAAGACACACCGGCAAUAGCAGCAGCAAUAACAGUAACAACAACCACAACCUAAACAACCAAAACAACAGCAACAACAACAACAACGGCAACAGCUCCAGUAACGAAAAUAAUUUAAAUCGAUCGUCGAAGAGCUCAUUCAAACAGGGCCAGCAUCUGGACAUUUGGUUGGCCAACGCCAUUCGAGGGCUAGAACACAGCAACAGCCAAGAUUCGUCGGAUCAGCUAGACAGUCCCACGUUGAAGGGCACUUUCGGAGGAGAUCCACUUUCGUUGCCGCCCAAUUUGGGUUAUCCGGAACUCGGACUGAAUUCCGAUAUUUUUUCGCCGACUCAUCAACAGCAACGUAGUCACAACUUCUCCUCGCCAAGUGGAUCCGGUGUCAAUUUGCCGCCCACGUCCCACUAUCUGCAAAGUCAUCUGCAGUAUCAACAACGACCAGGGUACGGAGGAGGAGCCAACUUGCUGCUGAAUGACGGUAUCGAGUUCGCGAGUUUGCCGCCUCGUAUCAGUCACUUGACGCCGAGUCAGUUGCAGCAACUUCAACAGCAGCAGCAGCAGAUUUUGCUGGGAAGGAGGGGAGUUCCGGGGAUGCAACAGAACCAAAAUUCCAGCUCCUAUCAAGAUCUGCUCGGAGGACAGAGAAUGAUGGCCGAUGCCUACACGAACGAUUCCUCGGACAACGAGUCCAAGAACAGCUGUGCCAAGUCCAAACUGGAGAGCGCCGAAGGUCUGCUGGCGGAUCUGAACCUGCUGAACAGCGGCCAACAUGGGAAUGGCGGUGGUGGAGUCGGAGGAAAUGGUAAUAGCGGAGGACCGCUAAUUGGAAACGCUUCAGCUGGAAUCGGAGCUGGCCCCUUCAACGGAACAAAUUCGUCUGGCACCGGGGCCACCAACAAUAGCAAUAACAGCAACAGUAACAAUAAUGCCAACAACCUAGUUCUAGUACUGCUGAAGGAGAUCGGCAAACUUCACGAAACGAACAAGAAAAUCUGCCGAAAUCUGCACGAAACCAAAGUUGAAAUGGAAGCUUUGAAGCAUUCUCCACACUGGGGCCUUAGCCAACGUAGAGACAGCAUUAGCGGUCUGAGCACCAAUAGUCAACCGGUAGGAAUGCGUUACAAUAGUUUUGGGCUGCAGAGCCCGGCACCGACGUAUCACUCACAAGGAAACUACACCCCAGGCAUCGUUUCGGACGUAGUCCGGGAGAUUCGGGAAGUUUCUCGGGUUCGCGAAGAGGCCCUAAUGGACCGGAUGAAAACCAUGAUCGAGGAACGCUCCUGGGCUCUGAACGAGGCCAACUUUCGGUUGCUGAAGGAAACGGAAGACAUGAAAAAGUCUAUUCAAACGGUGCGUUCCGAGAUGAACCAGGUCGUUGAUCGGAUGCUGAAGCUCGAGAAUGAGGUCAUCAACCUGAAGGCCCAAAUGAACCAUCAUCAUCAGCAGCAGCAACAGCAAAAUUUCGUGAACCUCCGGGAGCGGGACUCCUAUGGAGUGGGAUCAGCUGCUGGGGCCAAAAACCUAAGGAGAAAUAGUCUACACAUCAACUACGGCAGGAUCAACAAUACGGACGAGUUCUACGGCAACAAUUUCAACGAUCUGGGUGCCGAUGUCCGAUUCGCGAAUGGAAACCAGCUGGGUUCCCGGAAGUUUGGUGAGAAUAGCUUUGGGUCCCCUGUGCCCUCGUUGGCCGGGGGACAACAACUACAACAUAAUGGUGGCGGCUCGGGUGGUUUAGUAGUGGGCGGAGGCCUUACGAGCUCCGAAGAACUGCAUGAAGACUCGUCAUCCAACAACGAUCAGGUGCUGCUGCUGGAGCGGGACGCGCUGAAGCUGCGCCGUGAGCUCCAGGACGCCCUGGCCUCCAAGCAGGAGUCAGAGAAUCGAAUUACAGCUUUGGAAAAUAUAGUAAGCACUCUCAAAGAGCAGGUCCCACCGGUGGCAGUGGUGCCAGUUUCAUCGAUAAACCAUCACCACGGGGGACUCGGCGUGACUACGAACCCAGCGGCAGUGACUAGCAGCAGCAGUAGCUGUGGCAGACGCAGUUCCAGUCCUUUCUACCAAUUCCGGACCAACAACAGCAGCUCACCGGGGGGUUUGGGACCAGGGACUCAACAACCUCCUACAGUAGCUCCAGGAGCCAUUUCGCCAAAGCUGCAAAAGGCGGCACAGAUCCAGAGCUUGGCUUCACCACCAACGCAGUCUAACAGUGGAUCCCAGCAUCAACAACAUCAUCCUUUUUUGCAUCACCUGACUACUGGAUCCGGAACGAUUAACGUUUCCGGUCCCGUUACGGAUCUAUAGAGGGCUUUUAAAAGUAGAUUUGACUUUUGAUAAAUGCUGAAGAGUUGCGUUGUUAUCUUGGUUGAUUUUUUUUUUGUAAUUUUUUACCCCAACAUAAUUAUGACUUUACCGAACGUGACAAGUGAAAUGUUAGUUAUUGUUGAAUUUGAGGGUUCAAUUUAAUAGUUUUUUUUUAAAUGGACGUUACCAUCCUUAAAUUCCAAGUAUGAAUAGAUGACACCAAAUUCAUCACACUUUGAAAAGUUUCUGGAGCGUUUUUUCAACCAAAAGGUAUCAUAGUAAGUUUGAAUUUAUCCUUAUGGUUAGAAUCAAUCAGGCAGACGUUUUCUUGAAAAUUUGCUUUAGAUAACUUUAUGUGGUGUUUAACGUUUUCAACGUUUCAACCAUUAUAAAAACAUUUUCAAGGUUUAUUAAUCUAAUGUUUUGUUUUCCUAUAUUUAUUGAUCAAGCGUAGGUAGCUGAAAAUUAGGGAAGUAUUCCAUGGGUUUUUAUUCAAACCAUUUAUAAAAUUGACAAAAAUUCGACAAUAAAACAGAGAUAAUGGCAUAAAACUCCAUAAAUAAACUCAUUCGUAAAAAUGAACAUUUUUAUUUAAAAAAAAAUUACACUUUUGAAUGUUCUUUAAAGCACAUCGUAUGUAAGGGGUGAAUUUUCCGCGAUGACGGAAAUCCCGGAAAAAUAAAACGAUUGAAUUACAUCUCCCGUUAAGCACUUCAUUUUUUACCAUUCCUGUAAUUCUAGUAUAUAUGACAUCAAAUUCAUAACACUUUAAAAAGUUUUUGGAGCGUUUUGCCAACCAAACGGUGGCGUAGUAAAUUUGAAUUUAUCCUUAUGCUAAGAAUCAACCGGACAGAGGUUUUCUUGUAAAUUUGCUUUAAAAAACUUUAUGUAGUGUUUUACGUUUUCAACGUUUCAACCAUUAUAAAAACAUUUUCAAGGAUGGUUUUAUUUAUUUAUCGUUCAAGCGAUGAUAACUGAAAAUUAAGGAAGUUUUUAAUGGAUUUAUUUUCAAACCGUAUAUGAAAUUGACAUAUUUUUGUACAAUAAAAUGAGGUAUUGGCAUAAAAUUUCAUGAAAAAACUCAUUCGUAGAGAAUAUACAUCUUCAUUAAGAAAAAUUCACACACUUUUGAAUGUUCUUUGAAGCUCAUUUUUCGUUAGUAUUGCAGCGCUAAUGUAAUAACACUACGAUAAUCGGUAUGAAAUUGGCUUUCUGUUGAAAAUAUAUUUAUGGCGGCAAUUUUGAGUUGAUAAACUAAAAAUCCAGUUCAAAGUUGUAUUUUUAUAUAAGAAAAUCUGAAAAAAUUGCAAAUUGACAAAAACUUUGAAAAAAGCUAUUUUUGAAAAUUCGUAAUAAAACUUGUGUUUCGUAUUUAAACAAUCUUAAAAUGCAAAAACGUGCCAAAUUACGUGAAUUUUUCAAUCCUCUUUUCAAAAUUUAUCUAUGACGAUUAAAACAAUUUUGGCGGUUCAUUGAUUGGAAAGUACGGUUUUUAUACCACUUAUUUACAAUAUUUUUUUGUCAUGAUCUUUAAAAAAAAUCAAAAAAAUCCUUAUGUGCAACAUACUUCUAAUAACUUCUAGCUUCAGCUUUCUAGUACAUUAAAUGACAUUUUUUUAGCAUUCAGUAGCUUAUCUACAGCCUUUUUUCCAAAGCAUGUUUUUUCGAACUUUUUUCAGACUCUGAAUAAAGGAAACUAGCGUUUAAUUUCGUUAAAAAAAUCCAUUCGUAAAAAAUAUGCAUCUUUAUUUGGAUUAAAUUCGCACUCUUUUGAAUGUUCUUGAAUGCACAUGUUUCGUAAAACACCUCAUUUAAAAAAUGAUUUUCGAAAUUAAUUUUUGGUUCAUUGUAAACAGUUUGAUCUUAAACUUAAAAACCCUAAACAAGAUUUCUGACCAAGUACUAAAAACUGAUACAAAAUUUCGAAUGUCAACUAUAGUUACGAACCAACCAAAGUUUGCAAGACUCUCUAAUAAAUGCAUAAAUAUUCUAAGAACAGGUUUCAAAUUUUAAUUCAGCUUUGUUUUUUUAAAAGUUGAUGCCAUAUUUCUAAAAAAAGUAAUUUAUUUUUCUAUUUUUUCCCCAAAUUUAACUAAACAAAAACAAACUUUUAUUAUCGCUGCCAAACUUUGGAACAACCAUUUUGACGCUGAUCCUGAUAUCAUCAACCCGAAGUUAACACAAAAUUAACAAUAACAUAUUUAUUCCAACCGUAAUGAUGCUGUUAACGUGUCAUGUCAUUUCAUAUUAAAUAAUAUUUAAAUUGAAAAAAAAAACCGAAUUGAAAUAAUUUAUUUUUCACAAUUCUUUGGAAAGAAGCUGAAACGCUUUCACAACCAAAAGACAUCGUUAAGAAGUUUGUUCCAUAAGGUGACCAGUGAAGAUUAACCAAAUGGUUAUUUUUGGAGCAGAUUUAGCAAAAAAAAAAUUACAAGCUACAGCAGGUAUCCAAAAUUUAGAUUUAAUACCAAAAAUAUUACAUUUUCCAUAACUUUUCGAAAAGUUUCUGGAGCGUUUUUUACACCAAACUGAAAAGGAGCAUAAUGGAACUUGUUGUGUUCUUUUUAAUCCGUUAGUGUUGAUAGACUACAAGAGUAGAGGAAAAAAAAAACGAAAAUAACGCGACCUAUAUCUCUCGAAAUUUAUCUGUUAACUGAUUCGUGGUUUUAUUUAGAUUCCCGAUAAACUCUCUACACAAAUUUUCUCUUAAACGGACGAUCUCAAAAAGCAUAAUUUGCUGAGUAGUUACAUAAGCAUGAACAGGAACUUGCUUACUCUUGUACAAGUGUUGUCAUUCUCCUAGCUUUUCGUUUUUAUACAUUCUGACAAAGAUAUUUAUCCUCACUUUACUCCCUACAUUCGCCUUCGCCUCUUUACUUCUCAACUAGUUUGAAAAAGUUUGGUAAGAAGUUAUUUUACUAUCUUAUUUGAUUUCAAAUCUUGAAAAGUUGCACUCAGGGGUGUGCACCUUUCUUACCUAGGUACUGCCCCUCUCAAUUUCUGGGUACUGCCCCUCUCAGGAGUUAGUACUUUUUUUUACUUUGGUACUACUCUUCUCAAGGGUUUGCAUUUUUUUUUUCUAAGUACUGCCCCUCUCAUGGGUUGGUACCUUCUCUUUCUUGAUACUGCCCAAUCUCAAAAGGUGGUACUUUUAUUUACUUGGCACUGCCCUUCUCUGUUUUUUUUCCUUUUCCCUUAAUUCUGCCCCUCUCAGGGGUUGGAACGUUUCCUCUCUUGGUACUGCCCCUCUCAGGGGUUUGUAUCUAAUUUCACUUGGUAUUACCUCUCUCAGAGGUUUUUACCUUUCUUCCCUUAGUACUGCCCCUCUAGCUUGUACCUUCCAUUUCUGAAUAGUGUCCCUUUCAAGAGUUUGUAUCUUCCCUUUCUUGGUAAUGCCCCUCUCAGAGGUUGGUACCUUCCCUUUCUUGGUAAUGCCCCUCGCAGAGGGUUGUACUUUUUUUUACUUCGCAGGGGUUUGUACUUUGUUCCCUUUGUACUGCCCCUCUCAGGAGUUUGUACCUUGAUUUACUUGGUACUGCCCUUCUCAGGGGUUGGCACCUACCCUUUCUUGGUAAUUCCUCUUUCAGGGGUUUGUUACUUUCUUCACUUGGUAUUGCUCCUAUCAGAGGUUGGCACCUUCCCAUUCUUUGCACUGCCCCUCUCAGAGGGUUGUACUUUUCUUUACUUGGCACUGCCCUUCUCAAUGGUUUGUUACUCUCUUCCCUUAGUACUGCCCCUCUCAGGAGUUUGUAUCUUGUUUCACUUGGUAAUACCCCUCUCAGGGGUAAGUACAUUUCUUCACUUGUCAAGGGUUUGUACGUUUCUUUUCUUGGUACUGCCCUUCUCAGGGGUUGGUAUCUUUCCUUUCUUGGUACUGCCCUUCUCAGGAGUUUGUACCUUUCUUCACUUGGUACUGCCCAUCUCAGGGGCUUGUACCUUCUCUUUCUUGGUAAUGCCCCUCUCAGAGGGUUGUACUUCUCUUUACUUGGCACUGCACUUCUCAGGUGUUUGUUUCUUUCUUUCCUUAGUACUGCCCCUCUCUGGAGUUUGUAUCUUGUUUCGCUUGGUACUACCUCUCUCAGGGGAUUUUGACCGUGGACAAAGCUUAUUAAAGCUUCGAGAAAAUCGAUUACCCAAUAGGGCAAAGCUCAGUUGAGUUACGAAGGGUUCGAUCGCUCAAAAGAUCAAAGCUCAGUUAAGUUACGAGGGUUUCGAUCGCUCAUCAAGCCAGUAGUGUAGUAGUGUAUUAAUUUUUAAGAGUAAAAAUAGGAUCAAAAAAUCCGUCCCGAAUGGGUUAGUGAGUGUUCUAUAAUUGAAAAUCAUUCUGAAUAAAUAAUAAUCAUAAGUCGGUCGGUAGUUAGCCGAGUUCCAGCUCAUGGCCGCCGAGAUUAAAAUGAAAAAUCAGAUAUAAAUUCAGCAGCCGACUUAAGCCGGGUAUCAGCCCAUGGCAAUCGAUGGGAAACAAAGAAGUAGGAUUCAUCCCAUGGGAAUGGGAAAUGUGAAAAAAUGAGAGAAAUGUGACAUCCUGGGUAUGCCUCUGAAAUGUGACACAUCAAAGAAGAUGACUGCUCUGAUCAUAAACUGUAGCAAUCGCAAGUCGUUUUUUUUGUUUCGAUUACAGUCGUUUUAACAUUUUUAUGUCAUUCGCGACUUAAAUCGCAAGCUCUACUGAUUCCUCCCGUUGGUAGUAAUCUAUUAGGACAGUUGUGUAACAAUCAAGAUUUGGACUUCAAUAGGGUCCAAACUGAGAUUGCCAGACUUUUUUCCGGCACGUAUCCGGAAAGAUUGCCAAAAAAAAUUUUGUGUUUUCGUGAAAAACAUUCUGACGCUCUAUGAUUUUUCCUAAAAUUUCUGUGAUGGUUUUCUGUGGCGUUAUUUCAAUAUGUUUCUUUGAAAAUUCAUUUAAAUUUGGGUCUUUUUUACAUUUUACUUUAGCACGAACAAUUAAUUUUACUAAUCUUAUCAUAUUUUUCCAAUCUAAACUUAGAAAUCCAAAAUUUAGCUUGACAUCAAAAAUUAUAAUUUUGAAACAACGUACAAAAAUUCAAAAAAAAUUAUGAAAUCCAUGAAUAUUCCCAAAAUUCUGUGUUCUGUAACAAAGAUUCUGUGAAGAAAAUCUGCUCAAAAUUGUGUGGAAUUAAAGAUUUUUCUGUAAUUUCGGCAACCUUGGUAUCCGAGCCGGACAAAUCCAGGCAAUUUUAUAGAAAAACCUGGCAAAAUUCGGCCAUUUGAUUUCAAAAUUGACGACCACUUAUCUGGGACAUAUCCGGAAAAAUUCAGUCAAAACCCAGAAAUUAUUUAUUCAACAAAAAUCGAGAAACAAAAUAAAUUAAAUAAAAUGUUUUUUCAAAACUCAAUGAUUGAUUUAAAAUUUUAUUUGAAGCUUCCUGACGUUUUUCUUCCUUUCGUGACGAUUUUAAUAAAACUUGCUCCUGAAAUUUCCUUUUGGAGACAUGAAUGAAAUAAUUUACAUCACACUUUUUUUGUUUGAUUUGCUAAAUGAAGUGAAUAAAUACGGGCAUUAUUCGGGCAACUGGGUUAAACCGGACUGUUCCCAAAUUUUUCUGGGCAAUCUUGCAAAACAUAAACUUUAAUUUCAAAAACAAACAAUUUAUCGUAGCUUCAGAAUUUUAUCUAGAAACUUGGAACUCCGAUGUUGAACUCGGAUACUGAAUCUCUAUAUAUCUCUUUUUAUUCAGUUUUAAGUUUUAACAAAUUGUUGACCAAAAACGAAAUAUUGCUGUUUUUCGCUCGCAGCAAGUGUAUUACACUUUGAAGCAGGAUUGCCAAUAAGACUGAUUUUCAGGAUUUACCUGAUUUUUUAUGCUAAACUUGAAAGCCUGAUCUCCUGGCCUAACCUGGCCUUCGGUUUUUCUCUGAUUUUUGUGAAUUUGUUGGAAAAGACCUUGGUGGAGGUUAAAAUGUGUAAAAAAAAGGUUCUCACUUCGACCGAAAUUUUCGUUAAAACAUGCAUCUUGAUUUUUAUUUCCAAUGUCCCUGAAGUUUGAAAAAUAAUGUUGGCAACCCUACUUCGAAGCAUAACUGAAAAGUUAUAACUUCAAUAAUAAAAUUUUAUUGGACCAAAUUGAAAACAAUAUUAACGGCAAAAUUGAACAAAACUCAAAGCCGUUUCAGAGGCCUCGAAAGCCAAAUUUUGUAUUUCAAGGCUUGGAUUUCUUCGCGGUCCUUAAUGUUAAAAUACAAAAAUUGGCAGUUGUUCCCAGAAUGGAUCAUUUAUAAUCCAUUCGUGUAGGACAAUUCUAAGUUAAAUAUAAAAUAAUGAUUUUUAAAAUUUUUAUUUUAAGAUUCUUGCUGUCCGUUGGCUUUAUUUCUGAUUUUUGAUUGAGGAUUUCAAAUCGUAGUUUUCUUGAUGAAUUUCCAAAAAAAUGUCUCUCAGAGUGAAAAUCAGGCAAAUCAUGAAAAAUCUGUCACAUUGGCAUCCCUGCCUGGAAGUUUACCGAUUAUGGCCGAUAUGUGUUCGAAAGUUAAUAAGUUUAACUUUAUGUGUGGUCCGUCAAAUAAUUUUUAUUUCAAAAUUAGCCCGCUGAGUAAAAAGCUUGCACACCCUUGAUUUUAAAAAAUAUCCAUGCUGAAGAUGGUGUUUCGGGUUUUUUUUUUAACUUUCUGACAAUUUGAGCCGGAAGUCUUUAGAUCUUUCCCGAAAUUUAAAAUAAGACUAUUUUUACUAAUUGAAAAAACACAUGCAUUUUUCAAAUUUCUAACAUUUUUUUUUUAGUUUAAUUCGUUCGGAUUUUUUGGAGAUUAAACUAAACCAUAUUUCCAAGCUACGUAACUCUGUUAUUUUCCAACGGAAAUCGCAAAACAGUACAUCAAGAUAUAUUGAAGUUUCAUCAGCUUUCCAAAUAAAAUAUCUCUAAAAAAUUAAAUAAUGACUUUGAACAUUAAGAAUUGCAAAUAAUAAAUGGUGUCUUAAAGUACCGUUUGCAUCACUGAAUAUUCUGCAAAAAAUGCCGUUGUACGAAACAAUUUGUAAUGCAACUUUUAUCUGAUGACACCAAAAAAAGCCAAAAAAUUCUUCAAGAGUUGACAAUGACGAUAUUCCUUUUGGAAUUGAUUUUUUUUUAUAAUCUCGUUUAUUUGGAAUGGUUCGGACAUUUAGAUUAACGGAGCCAUGAUCAAGCUUUUGUUUUAACAAUAAAAUUCUUAGAACCAAGGGUAGGUGAAGAGAGAAGUUAGGUUUCAAAAAUAUUACAACGGUACCUUCUUUUUGUGAUUGAGACUUCUGGUUGUGUAUUUCGGUGUUGUUUUUAAAUUGGAUUUAUUUCUGAUUGAAAACAGUGAACAACCUUUAAUUCUUUGCUUUUCUCAACCAUCUUUAAGCAACUCUUCAGCAUUUAUUCAUUCAUCCCUUUACAGUUAAUCUUAAUUUAAAAAAAAACAGCAACAAAGCAAGAACAUCUUAUAAAAAAAAGCCAACGGAAAAACAACAACCCUAAAGUGCCAUCUGAAAUGCGCUCGACUCGCGAUUAUUGUGGGACUAGAAUGCCAUAAAAUGUUGCAUGCAAGUUGUACUAUAAAAGCCAGCCAAGGCAGGGGUGUGAGAUGUUUCCCCGAAACGAAAAUGUGCAGAGCGCGAAUGAAAGGUUUCCGACAAAAUAUCGGUUUUAUGAAAAAUGUGGAACAUGAUUUGGAAUUUAAAAAGUCAUCCUUCCAGUAGCUGACUCAUAAGUAAAAUAUAUCACUCAGCAAUAAUCUGAUACAGGACAGUGGAAGAGGCCUUCUAAUUGAAAGAAAGAGCUUAAAAUAUAGAAGAUUAAAAUGAAACCGGAUACUUCAUAACCAAGUUAAAACAUCUGCAAUCGGUGCUAUUUUUGUUAUGCGCCCCUAAUCAACUUACCUUCUGUCUACUUAACCGGAUUAAACGUCGAUUUUCAAGAUUGACUGAGUUUUCGAGAAAAUAAUGGAAGUCAUUGGUUUCACUGAAAAUUUCGCAAGUCACACUCAUGAAUUAGGUAUCAAUCAAUCAUUAUUACGUUACAGAAAAUUUGAAAAUGUAUAAAAGCAAAUGAAAAAGGAAAUACAUUUUUUUAGAGUGUUAUUAGGUUUUGUGUCAAGCAACCAAAGACCUGCAAAUCUGUAAGAAGAUCAAAAACUUCUUAUCAGCUAAUACGUGCUCACCUGAAAUUAUUUUUAACAUCUCAACUAUGUAUUAUUUAACUGAUAAGCAGAAACCCUUUCAAACAAAACUAACUCAACAUGUUAAAAUAUUUAUUUGCGUUGAAGUAGGUGGCAAAAGUUUCCAUUUAAUUGAACUUAAAAUAUCAAUAAUAAUUAGCAACACCCAUCACCGAGAAGGCAAACUUUUAGUAUUUUCUAGAUUUUACUUAAAUUACGAUUAAACAGAAAUGGAACUUUGUAAGAAAAAAUAACUCACAAACGAAACGAAUCGUUUACACCUGCAAAAUGUAUUACAGAGAUGUUACUCUUGUUUUUUUAGAACUGCAACCAACCACCAAUUAUCGUAGCAAUUCCAAAUGGAGACCGGUUUAGUUCUUAAGGAAACAAUGUUUUAACUCAAUGAUUAGUACUUUUUUUAAUCUCACCAAUAAGAUUGCAAACGGAUACAAUUUUACACCACUGAAAUGAUUAUUUUUUCCUAAACAUUCAGUUGUACAGUAAUUAAGAUACAUAAAAAAAAUUAUAAUACUUUUGAAAUAAUUGAAAAUCGAGGCACUCAUGCUAAACAGCGGGUAAGUGGAAGUGAUCUUAGUUUACUUGUCUUUAUUUGCGGAAGCGCUAACGAUAGAAUUAUCAAAUGUAAUAAAGGCGUACUCAUUUUAAAA